AUUGAGAGCAGUCAUGUGACCUGGCGUAGAGGAGUAGAGCGAGAGCACAGGGAGAGCUCCAUUCAUUUCCUCUCUGCCUGGCGGAGAGAGAGAGAGAGAAACAGAGAGACACAGAGAACUGGGGAAAGAGAGAGAGAGAAGAGAGAAGCGAAAGACAGUGUCCAAGAGCGCUCGAGAAGAGGUGACAGCCUGUAAGAAAACAACAGAGAGAGAAGGAAGAGGAGAACAGAAAAAAGAGGAGAAAAAAGGAAGGAAGGAGAAAGAGAAGAGAAGAAGAAGUCUUUGCCACCACUUUGCAGCUGCACUAGAGAGGUGGUGUCAGGAUGCUGAUGCUGGAUGGGAUGCCGAUAUUACGCUCCGCAGUCGAGCGGGUCGAGUCUCCGCGGCGGUCCCCAGAGGUGCGGCGCUACCCGGACACGGUGCUGGUGUUUGACCGCCGCAGCAUCCGCAGCAAGAGCCCCGAGCGGCCCGAGCGCCGCUUCUGCCCCGCCGACCUCUUCCAGACCCAGACGGAGCCUGUGGACCUCUCCACCCACAAGUCCCGCAGCUCGCCCCCCAUCCUCUCCACUCGGCCCUCCCCCCCAUCCAGAUCCCUGUCCUCCCCCUCAUCAUCCUCCCCCUCCUCCUCCUCCUCUUCCCCACCUUCAUCCUCCCCGUCCUCUGUCUCCUGCCCAUCGGUCAUCACACCGGUCCCCCGGCCGCGCAUCCUGACCCCCAUCUCAAGGUCGCCGCCCCGGGUCAGAGGUCAGCCCUUCCUGCAUGUGGCCCACCCCCACCCCGUGCCCCCUCCGUGCCACAGCCCCGUGCACCUGCACCCCCAUCACCCCCACCACCCUCACCACCCCCUCCCCCAUCAUCAGCACCCUCAUCAGCAUCCGCAUCCCCGCAGGGUGCCCGUGGUAGUGCAGCCCAUGCCGCUGGUCUACACGGGGAUGGGGGCGCUGAGCGCCGCGGCAACCGCCUCCGUAUCCAGCCACCUCAUGAUGCCCCUGCUGGAGGAGAGCCGCAUACGCAGAGCAGUUUCCCACCGCGUCCCUGAUAGGCCGUCUCCGCGACGAUGCCAUAGUGACAGUGAUGAUGACGACCUGCCCAAUGUCACCCUGGACAGCGUCAACGAGACCGGAUCUACCGCGCUGUCCAUCGCACGCGCCGUGCAAGAUUCCAUGUUGCCGUUCAGUAUGGAGAGUCUUCGGCGGCCCCGGCGUUCCGAGUCACCUGACUCCAAGCGGAGGCGCAUCCACAGGUGUGAGUUUGAGGGCUGCAACAAGGUCUACACCAAGAGCUCACACCUGAAGGCUCACAGGAGAACACACACAGGUGAGAAGCCAUACAAGUGCACGUGGGACGGCUGCACGUGGAAGUUUGCCCGCUCGGACGAGUUGACGCGCCACUACCGCAAGCACACGGGCGUCAAGCCCUUCAAAUGCGGCGACUGCGACCGCUCCUUCUCCCGCUCGGACCACCUGGCCCUGCACCGCCGACGCCACGCCCUCAUCUGAGCCAACAAACUCAGCCCCAUUGGUCAAACAGGAGUGACGGACAGACAGACUGACCAAUCACAUGCAAUGAAAUAAAGUUGAGGUGAUGCGGAGUGAAAUGAGCAGAGCUGGUUCUCUGCACGUUGGUGAGGAUCCAGGGAUGCGGAGGAGACAUUAUGGCAAUGCUGCCCCCUUGAGGACAACCAGAGCCACUGCAGUCAAAAGGGAUGGACAGCCAAGGAGAGAGUUGAGAUGGAAACAUGGAAAUAGGCAGAAAGGAAUACAAAAGAUCUUUUGUGAAACAUGGUGACUUUCUUCGCCUAGUCACCCCGCCAGCAACAAACAUCUAAAACACAUUUAUUUCCUGCGUAUUUGGACCAUGGAUAUUUCAAAACAAGACCUUUUUUUCUUUGGAAUGUUAUUAACAUGGACAUUUCUCAACAAAGCAUUUUGUUUCUGUUCCUUGGGGAUGUCAUACCAUAUGCAUUUCAAGGGAGCACAUGUACACAUGUUGUUUUGUCUGUGUUCUGUUGACUGUUUUGUUCUGGUGAUCGUCACUUUAAAAAAAUGUGUUUUAUGUAUCUUGUUUUACACAGCUUAUGAGAGAGAGGGAGAGACUGAAACAAAGAAGGGAUAGGAAUGGAGAGAGGCAGAGAGCGAGAGAGAGAGCAGUCUGGCAGGGUAAAGGGAGAGAGCUGUUGUUAAAAUCGUGCAUGUCUUUUAUGUAAAUACCACAAUGUGACACCUGAACCCAAGUCCACAUUUCUUUACAUCUUUUUUGUUCCUGUGGAGAGAUUUUUGCUCUUAUUAGCGACAAGCAAGUCGCCAUGUCUUGGCAACGUUAAGGCAACGUUAGCACAAUGUUAAAUAAAAUUAACAUCAGAUGUCCCUGACAUUUUAAAGAUGUGCAAUACAAGCUCCGGGAUAAAGUUAGUAGUAGUACAGUAUACCAUCAAUUUCUUCAAUCUGAUGUCAGUGGUCCAGCACUUUGAGCACCCAGAGCCCUUUCCUGAAACAUACCGUCAUCACCACCCAUGUUGUGUUUUUAUUCUAUCGUAUUUGAGUAUAUAAAUCGUAUUUUAAUCCUUUGACUUUGUAUUAUAAAGUUGUUUUGUUUUCUAUUGCUAAGACAUUCCAGGGUUGCGGCCGAGGCAAGGGUAAAAAAAAGUGUGUGUGUGUGUGUGUGUGUGUGUGUGUGUGUGUGUGUGUGUGUGUGUGUGUGUGUGUGUGUGUGUGUGUGUGUGUGUGUGUGUGUGUGGAGAGAAAGAAAGAAGAUGUGUUUGCACAGUUCCGACAGCAGGAGCACAGCGAGACCCACAGUGACAAAAGGAGGGAGUGGGGGGGUCAUCUGUCCUGGUGGUUGCUGUGUGGCACAAUGAUGAUUUGCCAAAUUGACCCCCUCACCUCGUGUAGAGACUAUCUAUACCACAUAUCAUAAUCUAUGGUCAGGCCACAUAAACGACCGUAACCAGUGUUAUUCCCGGCUCUUGAAAGAGCCGUUUCAUGGCAAGCUGGGGGGGGGUCAAAACUUCCAAAUGAAUUGAAAGUUUCCUGAGGUUUUGCUGCUCUCAGGCUUAGAGAUUGUGAUCUCGUCUGGUCGGAGGAGGAUGGCGUAACAAUAUGGCCACCAUACCGCUCUGAGCCUCUUCCCAGUAUAACUUAAACCAGCCACACAUGUCUCUGCUGGCAUGUGUCUCUAAUAACAUGGAUUGAAGCCAUUACCAGACCCCUGUAUAGCAAUACAGGCUACCAAUAGACUUACAAUACAUUUAUUUAACCAAUUUUUAUUCAGCCACCCCCAACAUUGACCUAAAAAGUGGAUUUUCAUUGUUCGAGAGCACAAGCCAGUCAAUAUUUAACAAAAUAAUAUUCUGAACCAAUCAGCAGCCAUGAUUUUUUCCCUAGUGGUUGUCGUGUGUUUGCACUGGCAUUGCAACCCACACACAGACACACCUAUGUUAAUUCUUAUUUUUAUUUUAAUGUUAGAAAUUUUACGAAAAAUAAUUAAGUUGCCCCAGUGGUGCUGUGUUUAUUUUAAAUAUAGAUGAUUGGGUUUACCUUUGCACCUAGGGGUUUGUUGGGCAGAGGUAGUUCCGACAGUUUGGGGUCAGAAAGUAUCAAGUCCUGCCACACAUUUGUUCCUGUCCAGCGAAACAGCUGAAUGAUAGAUUUUGAGGAGAUCAUUAGUGAAAUCACCAGUGUUGAGGAGACAGUCAAAAGGAAUACAUGCAGGGCUCUAAAUCAACACCCGCCAACCGGCCAAAUGCUGGUGAACACCCAGUUAGGGUAGUGAAAAAAAUGUAAAAGCCUGAAUAUAUGGCAGGACGUUUUUAUUUUCUCACUCCUGUCUGCCCGCCUCUGUGGGUUUGGGGACGUUUUGGAGGACGUUUUGAAGGAAGCCGUUCCCAGGAGCCCCUGCUGUGUGCACACCCAUUCAUUUUAGCAGAGGGCUGUAUAUUUUACAAGAGUUACUCAAAAGUUAUUAUUAUUAUUAUUAUGAUAUGCGUUUGUUGGUUUUAUUUGUCUGUAUGUUUUUGUUCUUGAGCGUUUUAAAGUAAAUGCACAGUGAUGAGCAGUUUUUGUACGUUCUUUUCCCCCGAUAAUUGUGAUGUAUUACAGUCCAUAGUAUUUUACAGAAGCCCAGCUUUCUGAAAGUAUAAGUAUAUGAAAAUAUCUAAUUAAAUCUUCAAAGUAUUUCAUUCUUUUAUCUUUUUACUGUUUCCUCUUUCGAUGGUGUACAAUGAUUCAUUAUAAUGUUUUCUAAUAAUAAGGUUGGUUUUGAAGUUUGAAUGGAAUUUAUACAUAAUGAAAAUGUCUGAUAUUAAUUCUAAUGGAGGCAUGUUAGUCAAUAAAAAAGAGCCGGUUUUGUAAGUUA